GCAACACCAGCGCAGCUUGGCGCUCAGCAUAGGAAUAGUGGGAGGCAGAGCAACAAGCACAGACCGUUACUCGUGAGAGUCGUCAAUCAGGCAAAUCACAUUCAAACAUGGGUGCUGAUGCGGAGAAUGGCAAGAAGAUCUUUGUUCAAAAAUGCGCCCAAUGCCACACAGCUGAAGCUGGCGGCAAGCAUAAGCAGGGACCUAAUCUGGGCGGAAUUGUUGGGCGCAAAUGCGGCACUGCGGCUGGCUACAAAUAUACUGAUGCUAAUAUCAAGAAGGGCAUCGUCUGGACAGACGCAAAUCUGGAUGAGUAUUUGAAGGAUCCAAAGAAAUAUAUACCCGGCACUAAAAUGGUUUUCCCCGGGCUCAAAAAAGCUGAGGAUCGCGCAGAUUUGAUUGCUUACCUCAAAUCAAAUAAAUAAUAAGGGACACAACAAAAAAAAAGAAAAAAACAAAACAAAAACUGGGGAGGGUGCCAUCUAAAAUAGUUAAAUAGUUUCGAUUUAUUUUUUAUUAAUAUUAUGGAAUACAAUUAAAGCUCACAUACACCAUCAAA